AUGCAUGUCUCCAAAAAGUGCAUCUGGUGCGAUGAAUCUCAUUUUGAGUGGUGGAAUGAAGCGCAGCGCCAACGCCACCUCCGCCAAAAGCACAGAGACAAGCUGCUGACUACCCUAGGGGUUUCGGACCUCAAGAUACUGUCGAAUGAUGCAUCGGAAACUGUGGUGCUAGCACUGACCCAAGCCCGUGGCCCGGUGCACGAGGUCGCACCAGACACACGAUGCAAUCCGAAGCCCAAUCUCCAGGUCGCGGUGCCCACGGUCAAGAGCCUCGAGCAGCCGCGACUUCUCUCACAGCCCAGCUUUUCGCCACUCACUCCCAGUCCCGCUAGCUCGGAGGAAUACCAACCGGAGUUCGCGGGGAGCGACUCCGAGUCAGAACGGGGACGGUCAUGCAGACGCCAGAAGAAGGUCGCUGCUCAAAACAUGGCAAAUACAGCUAGGGGUCCAGAGAGGCGAUCAGUUUCCCCUGACUGGAACGCGGUGCUUGGUGAACCAGACCCGUCGUUUGUGCCUGACAACAAGAGCCAGGCACGGGAGAGGACUACAAGUAUCAUACCGCAGGGGACAGAUGCUGUCGCAUCCGCAGUGGCAUAG